ACAGAACUGAUUGGUUAAAAGAUCAUAUCUUUAAGGACAGACACCACCACUGGCUGGCGAGCGCGUCUCGCAGUUCAGUUUGGGAUUGACUCUUCCAUUGAAUGGGACUAUGUGGCUCCGGUUUAUGGUGAUUCUGCUGCUUCUGCCGCAUCAGAGCAGAGAGCAUGAGCUGAACUUUACGCUGCCCGGGCAGCUUGCAUUGUUUUUGGACCGAAUUGGAUACGCACAUCGCCUGCAUGCCAUCAGCAUUGUCAAUAGCAGAGACUCCAUCGAUCCCGACUAUCUGGAUGACCUUCAUCGGCAGCUUAGAGCCAAUGCGAGCAUGCACUUCCAGCUGCUGCCCCAAAUGACGGCCACAGAUGUGGACGCCCAAGUGCGUUUCAGUGCCCUGCUGGAUGAGAAUAGCCUGUAUGUGGUGUUUGCCAGAAACUCGAGGGAUCCAGUUAUCCGAUUGCAGGCGCAACGAGCUCGCGGACGCCGCUACAGCAAGACGUUGUUUCUGCUGAAGCAUCACGAACCAUAUUCCGCUUUGGAGGAGUUCUUUAAGCUGCUCUGGCAGCUGCAGUUUCGCUCCGCUCUGGUGGUGGUGGCACAGCGAUGGUUCUACCAAAUGGAUCCCUAUCCCAAGAUGAUAGUGAAACGCAUGAGGGGGAUCUCCUUGUACCAUCUGCAGCAGAUAUUUCCCCAACCGACUCGCAAAAACUUCAACGGCUACGAGCUGCAUCUGCCUGUGUAGCUGGAUGUUCCAAAUACUUUCUGGUCACUGAAUCCGCACAACCAACAGUUGCUCUUGGAUGGAUCGGGUGGAAUUAUAAUUAAGGAGCUGAUGGCCAAUCUGAAUGUCGCCCUGAACGUCUAUCCCCUGAUGGUGAAUGGCUCGCAGUGGCUGAAUAUGCCUGCCAUUAUCGAUUUGAUAGCCAGUAAUCGCAUAGAGCUGAGUCCCCAAAUGCACGACACUCUGCAGGUGUCCACUCAGGUGGAUUACUCCUAUCCCGUGCGCAUGGAGCCACGCUGUUUUAUGAUACCCAUGGACAGCCAGAUCUCUCGGCACCUAUACGUCUUGCUGCCCUUCCAGUGGUCCGUGUGGCUGAGUGUUCUUUUGAUUCUGUUCGUGGUGCACUUUGUCGGCGUGCGCCGCCUUGCGCCAGACUCCCAGCUGUGGGCACUGAUGGGAGUGCCCGGCUGCCGACUGAGUGGAUCUCAUCACCAUAACAUACGCAGGACUGUGACCUUGUACCUGAUUAGCUUUGGCAUCUGCCUGAUCUUCCAGUUGUACUCCACGAAGCUGACAUCCUUCUUGACGGUGACGCUGAGCCAUAAGUUGGCCAGCAGCUUGGAGGAGGUUUUGCGGCUGCCAUUCCCCAUUCUCGCUCAACCCUUGGAUGUGCAAAUCAUUGUGGGUGCCUUUGGCCAUGCGGAGGAGUUUCGCCGCAGGUUUAGCCUCACGGAUGCCAAGACCUUUACCAGGCAUCGCAUCAACAUGGAUCCGGGUUUCAUCUAUCCGAUCAGCAGAUUUCGAUGGUGGUUCUUCAACAUGCAGCAGCGCUUGCUGAAGACGAAGCGCUUCUAUUUGUCGUCGGUGUGCCAUGGCACCUAUGCACAUCAGUUUCAGCUGCGCAUUGACUCGCAUUUCAAGGAUCCAUUGCAUCGGUUUUCGCUGUGGGUGCAGGAGGCGGGCCUGACGAAUGUGUGGCUGGAUAGGUGCUAUCAUCGCGCACACAGCUUGGGUCUCAUUCAAGAAUUCACCACCGCCGAGACGUUCCUUGAAGAUGUUCGUCCGUUGGCCCUCAAUCUGCUGGCGCCAGCCUUUAGUCUCUUUUUGUGCGGCCUUUUGGUCAGUUUCGUGGUCUUUCUGGUUGAGAUACGACGACAUUCCUGUGCUCGGAAGAGUAGUAGCAAUAGUAGCUCCCACUAACUGCACCCUACCCGUGAACCCUUGAUCCCUACUCCACAUACAUAUAUCUAUAUUUUAUUCAAAUCGGAACCGAACUAAUGCAUUUUUCGUAGCCCAUUCCUAACCGCGCGACAAACAAAAACUGAAUUUUUAAUUAACUUUAUGUAUAAUUCGUCAUAUUCCCAACGCCAUCUGCGAUCCACCAAUCAAUCAAUCAAACAACGAACUGCAAUUGGAUCUAACAAAAUGAAAAAUCAAAAUUCAAAAACUCCACCCACAUCGAUCGU